CAGAACAUUCUGUAAAAUGUCCCUGUCGGUCGUGUCCGCGUUUGAGACGGGUACGCGCCAGGCAGUGCAGAUGUGUCGCAGAUUUGAAAAGUCACUCCAGAAAGAAAAAGGCACCGUGACGCGAGAUAUUGUUAUUGUGUAACUCUGGGAAUAACAACGUGACAAAAUAAAAUACAAGACAACACGAGAGGUGUAACAAGAGAGGCUGUCAAUUUGCAUCGAAACUGCCGCGGAGGAGCUGUGGAAAUUGCAUUGGAUGGAGCUUUCUGCCAUAGGAGAGCAAGUUUUUGCUGUUGAAUCGAUUACCAAAAAGCGAAUAAGGAAGGGUCAUGUUGAAUAUCUUCUGAAGUGGAAAGGGUGGCCGCCCAAGUACAGUACCUGGGAGCCCGAGGAACACAUACUGGACCCUCGCCUUGUUCUCGCUUAUGAGGAGAAGGAACAGAGAGAGAGAGUGAUGGGGCAUCGCAAGAGGGGCACCAAACCCAAAGGACUCCUUCUGCAGAGACUUUAUGGGAUGGAUCUGCGCAGUGCACACAAGCUUCCAGAACAGCCAGUCCCCAGAAUCCGCCUGUCACUCACACGCUCCCUGGGAGAGGAGGGCCAGGGAGAGAGGCCACCCCAGGAAGAGGAGGGAGACACGAGCCCCAGUGUGUUCAAGAAGCUGGACACCAGGGAGUACAAGAGCAAAGUGUCUGCUUUCGUCCGACUGGCCCCACUACACCCCCCGGUGGACUACCGGCACGCCCCGACUGGGGAGGGACUGGGAGAGGACUGGGAGAUGACUGGGAGUAGCGUGCCGACUCAGAGAACGCAGAUCCUCAAUGAUGGAGCGGGGCCUGGGAGUGGGUGGAGUCCUGCGAUGUCACCGGGUGAGGUCACAGUCACUGAUGUCACCAUUAACUCUCUCACAGUCACCUUCAAGGAGGCUUUGGCAGCUAAAGGAUUUUUCCGUGCUUUGAGCACGUAGUUCUAAAUCGAAAUCCAGACCUUAUCGUUUGUAACCAUAGAAACGAUCCUCAAAAAAAAUUAUAUAUAUAACCUUUUCAGUUACAGGAUGGAUAUUUACUGGCUACAUUCAUUCAACGUUGUUACGUACUACAUUGCAGCAUGUCUCAUACAAGAACUGUAUAGAUGGUAAUACCUUGGGUUUAGGUAAUGUACAGCUGUGGCCAAAAGUUUUGCUUCACCCUGUAGAGUUAACUAAUUUUGCUUCAUAAAGUCAAAUGAAACCUGCUGAAUAAUAAUACGUUGACAAGUUCAAUUACAUACCGCUUUGUAGUUUUCCAUAUCCUUUAAACUGACAAAAAUGUGACAUUUUUAAAUCUAAUUGAAAUACUGUACUACUACUUCCGAUAGGCUUUUUAUAGCAAUAUCAUUUUGUAGUUGCUUUGAUUACAUGAUGUUAAAUAAAAGAUCUAAAUUAUGUUCAUAUAUACUUUUUUAAAAAGUACCGUAUUCAAUUUGGCGCCGCGGCAUUUAUUUUAAAUUGAUCAAAAUGACUGCGGCCCUUAGACGAGGGUAGCGAUUAUACAAAGGCAGCCUUUAUUAAUAAUACUUUACAAAACGCUGCAAUAUUUUAUUAAAUGAUUUAAGGCAUUUUAGAAACUGCGCCGUGAGAGGCUCCGAUCUGCAGCACUAUACUCUUGUUUGUUUUUGGGGCUUGAAUACAGUACAUUUACUGACAGUUAAUGAGAGGUGGGAGUUGGGGGGUCAGGGGAGUACUGUACCAGCGAAUCAGGAGUGUGUAUUGGUUUGUAUGGGGCGGGACAAGAAGAGGUGAGAGAACGGUAGUUGAGUUGUUUUUCUUAACGAAAAAUAUUACCUCUGAAUAUCGGUCUGAUUUCUGUUAAAACUAAAAUAUAUCCUACUCGGUUAUUUUUUUUUUUUCUCACUGUAAUUUACCUGGUUGUUUGUAAUUUCUCUGUUAGAGAAACCGAAACUAGAUCUUCUCAUAGAUAGUAAGCAAGUUUUUUUUUUUAUUUUUUUAUUUAAUUGUACAGGACUGAGUAAAAUUCCAAUUGAAUAAAAAACAAAACAACUAACCCCCCUACAGGAAGAUAUCUUCAGUCAGCUUUCAGAUAGUGGUCAGAGUGACCGGCAAAGCUCUUAAGUUCCUCUGAGUUUAAGUUUUCACCAUCCAAGCUGACAAUGAGGUAAACAGACAGCCCUUGUUUUAUCCCCUCCUGUGUUGGCACUGAACUCUGCUGGAAAUAAAGGACUGCUGUGCUGUAAGUAGUUCAUCCUGGGCUGUCUGUCAGGACUGUACUAUACAAUAACAUUUUGCUUACAUUAGUUUGUAUCACGUGCUGGAUUGAGGUUGCAGUCUCUUUGGGGAUGUCAUGUACAUAGGCAGAGUUGCGUGUUUCUUUAUUUUUUGAGCAGGGGUUAAAAAAAAAUUACCUUUACGUUUCUUUAUUGAGAGCGGCGUUUAUUAAAAAGCUGAUAUCUGAGUGAGGCGUUAAUUCGAGGGCGAUGUUAAUUUGAAGUAAUAUGGUAUAUCUCAAUCCUACAUUUCUAGCUGAUGCAAAACUUUUGGCCAGAGCUGCAGAAAAGCGAAUGAGUUGAAAAAAGUCUUCUGCUGUCAAUGUCGUCUGACCCAAAAAUGAGCCAAACUUAAGUAUUACAAAUGUGGUCCUGUUUUCAUGUUCUUCCACCUUUAAACCCUACUAUAUACAAGUCCCUAAGCCGUCUUUGUUGUUUAUUUCUGGUUUGGGAACUUUUUUGGUUGUGUGUUUUCCUUACUGUAAAAAAAAUAGCUUUGAAAUUCUAGCCCUUUUUUUCUGUAAGGAAGAAAACCCCAAUUAUAAUUCUAAGACUUAUAGGAAACAACUUCAGGCUGUGUAGAAUGUUCUGAUUGAAAUGUCUUUGUAGUUUAUUACUGCUCUGCUGAUAAAGGCACGAGCAGAAACGUUUGUCUACUUACGUUGUACCUUUUAUCUGGUUUGAUUCUUCAUUGGGAGCUGCACUCAUAGAAAUUUAAGAGGACAUAACUCCAACAAUCUGGUGUAUUGUGUGUCAAAAACAUUUCAACAUGUCAAAAAAACUUGUACAUUUUUUAGUAUAUUUAUAUAUAUUAUAUAUAUAUAUAUAUAUAUAUAUAUAUAUAUAUAUAUAUAUAUAUAUAUAUAUAAUGUUGCAGAGUAGUGGGAGGAAAGGAAAUGGGAAAUGUAGUCAUGGGUUUAAAGAAGGCAUCAAUAACUACAUCCCCCAGAAUGCCUCAGGGCUAAUUGAUCCAAUAACGAGGAGCGCCUGGUCUCAAUAUAGAGGUGCAUAUAGCAGGUAGCUCAAUAGCCAAUUAGUCCUUCUGGGGGAUGUAGUCCUGUAUCCUCCUUUAAACCCAUGACUACAUUUUCCUUUCCUUCCCCAUACUCUGCCACAUUAUAUAUAUAUAUAUAUAUAUAUAUAUAUAUAUAUAUAUAUAUAUAUAUAUAUAUAUAUAUAUAUAUAUAUAUAUAUAUAUGAAGAAUGAUCAACUUAUAUAUUUUUGCCCUGUUCAGAAGUAUUAGUACUGUACACAGUGUUAUUACUGGGUCCAAAAUCUUCCACUCUAACUGUACAAUGUCAGACCCAUUCAACCUCUUAAAGAAAGACAAGUUAUCCACCCAAGCAUCUGUACAAAACUCAAACUGUCGAUCAAGAUUCAAGAUCUAAUUUCAAGUUUGUCUUCUAAUAUCCAUUGUCUUGCAUAUUCCAGAGAGGAUUCUAGAAUGGGUUUUUUAAAAGCUGAAUUGCUUUAGUCCCAGAAAAAUAUAAUUGAUUUAAUUUGCCACCUUAGAAACUCAGUGUGAGAGUAAGUAGCAGGGUUCCGAAAAGAUACAGCGUUACACGUGCCCAACUGUUGAAAUAAUGCACCUGUCAUUUAUUUUCAUUGUUAACAUCCUGACAACUCUUCACACUUAUAACUUUAAAGUCUGUUUCAAAGUUCAUUUCAAAAUGUCUGCUCUAGUGCACUGGGAUUUGAGAUCGGUCCUCUAAAUCACUGCAGGUAGAGUGAUUAAAAAAAACAUAACAAGUGCUCUGGCUUUUCUAUUCCGUACCACAUCAUGGAUCGUUCUUGCUGUGUUACCUGUUUGACAAGGUGGGCAAUAAUCCUUACACUCUCAGUGCACUAGAGCGGACAUUUUGAAAAGAGCCUUGAAACAGACUUUUAAGUUAUAAGUGUAAAAAUUUGUCAGGAUGCUAAAAAUGAAAAGGCAAAUUACAGGUGCGUUAUUUAAACAGUUGUAGCAACACGUGGGGACCUGUAACGCUAUCUAUUUUUGAACCCGCUACUUUAAGUUCCAACCACAAACCUAUGUACACAGAUAUAUCCACGGCAUUGCAAAACCGAAACGUGAUGACACAUCUUGAAGAUUGCUGAAUGUAUAGAAAGUUAAGAAAAAAAAAAAAAAGCUUUUUUACAAAGCGAGGAAGUAAAGAGAGAGGCUUUUUAACUUUAAAAAAAAAAAGACUAAA